GAAUAAUUAGGGUUGCGGUCAAACUCCAGAGGAAAAGAUCGCCAUCGUCGAAACGACGCAUCCAAUGUCUCUGAGCAAAGAGCACAGAAGACAGAAGGAGGGGACGGGUAUCAUCAACAAUGCCGCUCGAUACAAACAACGAUACCAGUACAACCGAUGGUAGCAGUAACAAACGUGCUGCCACGGAAGGCGAAGAAGGAUGGACGACAGACAACGAUGUGGAAGCGGAGGACGUUGCCACGGAUCCCAUUACCUCGGAUGUUCUCAAAUUGACGCAGCAAGAAUUGGGAGAGCUGUCGUUGGCCGAUCAGGAGCAAGUGGUGUACGAUCUCUAUGGUUUUUCUGGCCCUGUCGAUGAAUCUCAACCUGGUUUUGUAGAACAGAAAAUGGAGGAACUCCAAAAGGCAUUGGACCAGAUUCCGCCUCGUCGCAAAACGGCCUACAGCAUGGCUUUGGGCAUCAACGAGGCGUACGUUACAAACCACUCAUUCCGACUCCAGUUUCUACGAGCCGAUCGCUUCCAGCCAAGUCCAGCGGCCACUCGUAUGGUGACCUAUUUCGAAACCAAAUUGGACCUGUUUGGACGGGAUCGUCUGUGCAUCGAGUUGACUCAAGACGAUUUGGAUCCGGAAUCGCUGGAAAUUCUCUACAUGACAUGGUUCUGUGAUUUGCCCGUUCGAGAUCGUGCCGGACGACAAGUCGUCGUUCAACUCUCCAAACCCGGUAUUGACUGUUAUUCACUCCCCGUGACACAACGAAUGCGCGUCCUCUUUUAUACGCUCUGUGUUAGCGCUCGUGAUCCGGAAACGCAAAAGCACGGUCGCGUCGCACUGUUGUGGGUGGCGGGGUCGUUGGGCAAAGCAUCGAGUUUGUGGAAAAUUGCCGGCAUGUAUGCGUCGUCGCCCGUUCGCAUCCAAGGCUGUCAUUUGUGUGUUGAUAUUGCACAUGGGUACAGUACUCCCAUUGUCAGUAUUGUGCAGCUGUCCAUGAACAGUAUGCUGCGAGUACGAGUGAGACGGCAUAUUGGGACUCCUCAAGAAAUUUUUUAUUCUCUCAUGACAUAUGGGAUCCCCGUGGAGUUUAUCCCCAUUGGAGAGGAUGGAGAAUUUGCGCAUCAAUUGCACACGGAUCGAUGGAAACGAAUUCGGACACAGGAGCAAUGGUUGAAACAACUGCAGCAGCAGCAGCAACAGAGUUUUGUCAGUCAAACCAAAGCAGCACUACCACAACCUGUGGGUGCGACUGUUGCCACCAAUGUCCAGGCGGUGGAUAAGGCAGCCUUGAUGGAAAAAGCCGAUGCCAUGGUGAUGGCCAACCGCAACAACGACAACAAUCUCGCUGCUAAUAGUAUUGGUAAUACUACAGUUUUGGUGGUGGUAGACACCCCCACCAAUCACGAUGUUCUCAUGGGCAAGGGACGAGGGGCACACGAACAUGUGGGCAAUAUUCUAUUCCGAAAUCUCAUUGAAAAAUGCCGACCGCAAUACGAUGCUGCCACCAAGACACAGAAAACACAGCUCGCCAAGGACAUUGUUCGAAUUGUCAAGGAGGAAUGGAAGGGGCGCUUCUUGCGGGACGACGUUAAAGGAUGGAUCCCCAUUACCGACGAGUUGACCAUUCGUCGCAAGGUGAGUGUGGCAUUCCGAGAUGCUCGCAAGGCACCCAAGGGAAAGAAACAAAAACAGCAGCAGGCGGCUGCAACGGAGAUUACACAGGAAGAAGACGAGUUGCUGCUGCCAUUGGAGGACCCAACAUGGGAAAACCAGCCUGCCAUUGAUAUGGUCGUGCUAAAGGCGUAACAAUUCGCAAAAUAACGAAACGAUGGAUCAAACAAAGAAUAGCCACCCUGACGACCGACGACAGAAUCCAUUGCCCAACCAGGAAAAGUGCCACUCCGACCCAGACCCCGCAAGCAAAGCCACCCUAACUACUAGUACAUACAUGCAUGUAUUCCACCCUAAAUGCAUGCAACCAAGUACUACACGUGCUGUCUGUAGUACAUGUAGAAUCGAAUCGAGUCGA